UCAGCCCUCGCAACCUUCUCCCCGGGACCUUCCUACAGCGUCGGCGUCCCAUCCUCCUCUUCCAUCUCCCAAUCGUCUGCGGGAGGCAUCUACUUCCAGCUCUCUGCGCCAACCAGCUUCCAAUGGGUUGGUCUUGGCAUUGGCAGCCAGAUGGCCGGCGCGAGCAUUUUUGUCAUGUAUGCGGAUGGGGCUGGGAACGUGACGAUCAGUGCGAGGAAUGGUGGCCAGGGACACGUGGAGCCGCAGCAGAGUGCGAGUCUGCAGAGCGGAGUUACGUUGUUGGCGGGCAGUGGGAUUGUGAAUGGGAGGAUGAUUGCGAAUGUUUACUGCACAACAUGCAAGCUCGACUCCUCCAAAACCUCAUCAUCCUCCCCCUGGAUCUGCGCCUGGAACCAGGGCUCAGCACUAAACUCUGCCUCUACCUCCGCGACCAUCGCCCAACAUGGCCCCAACAGCAUGCGACAGUUUACCCUCGAUCUCACUUCCGCCGCCCUCUCGACCGACAGCAACCCCUUCGUAUCCUCGACUUCUUCGACAGGGACCGGAACAACAAGUGGCUCGAGCCCGACAUCGACGGGAGAGAGUGGGGAUGUCAUCACGGACUACGAGACUGCGCACGGGGUGAUCAUGGGUGCUACCAUGGUCCUCCUUCUGCCUCUUGGUGCUAUGUUCAUGAGACUGGGUGCGAGCGUGUACUUGCAUGGCGCCUGGCAGAUCUUUGCUUUGUGUGCGAUGUUGUGUGGCUUUGGACUGGGUAUCAAGCUUGCGCAGAUGAGGAACUUGGUAAGUACUCUCUACAACACAUCACACACCAUCUUCGGCACCGUCAUCAUCUGCCUCUUCCUCCUGCAGCCCAUCUUCGGCCUCAUGCACCACCUGCAAUACCGCAAAACAUCGUCCCGCACCCCGGUCUCCUUCUUACACAUCUGGUAUGGCCGCGCGUUGAUCGUGUGUGGGAUCAUUAACGGAGGGCUCGGAUUGCAGCUUGCGGGGAAUUCGACGGGAGGCAUAAUUGGGUACGGUGUCGUUGCGGGGGUUAUUGCUGCUUUAUACCUUGUGCUCGUGGUUUUCAAGAGGAAGGGAGGGGAUAAGAUUGAUGGUGGACGGAGACGUGGGUUGAGGAGGAAAACUGAGGGGGAAUGA